AUGGCGGCGCUGAACGACGACCUCUUCGAGUACGCCGAGUUCCAGGUGGACGAGCAGGACCCGAACCAGCACGUGGACUGGAAGCUGCUGCCGAUGCGGCAGGCUUACCGCGUCUGGGCCGGCGAGGGCACGAUGUACCUGGGCAGCAUGCACGACGGCCUCUACAAGUACCACCUGACGCCGUGCGUGGCGCCCUUCAUCGCGGACCACGGCCUCGUGUGGAAGCCGACGAAUGGAUCCCGGCCGUGGGUUUUCACGCGCCGUGUCGCGCCUGCCACGAUCGAGAUCGAUGCCGCGGGCUUCGAGCGCGACGCGGGCGCGAUUCACCUCCACGUCACCUGCGAUCGCGACGGCGAUGUUCGCAAUCACGUGCUCCGCACCUCGGAGUCGUCGACUGUGCAGAUGGUGAAGAGCGAGCUCCGCGUCGCGAUGGGCUGGCCGCCGUACACGCCCGUGGCCUGGGCUGGCAUCGACGAUGCGGCGAAGCGCCAGAACGUCAGGUUCGAGAUUCUGAAGGCGACGUUCGGCGGCUGGAUUUCCGCCGUCCCGCCUCGCUCACUCGGCAUCGCUGGCGCCAUGGAGGCAGACCGCGCCGCGGGCGCGCAGAUGCAGUUGCCCAUGUCCCCGCGCGCGUACAACCGCCUCGUGCGCGAGCUCAAGUACGUCAACGCGAACAUCCUCGGCCGGCCGGCUCACGGCUACCAGGCGAACCCCGCUGGCACGAAGGUGAAGUUCGCGGGGGGCUUGCUGCCGGCGGCGCCUGCGUCGCUGAAGGCGUGGUGGCGCAAGUACUUCCAGGAGGGCGCCUCCCGCGCGGGCGCGGCGGGGCCGACGCCUGGCCCAUCGAGGCCCAAGCCCGCGGCGCGGCUGGCGAAGAGUCGCCGACAGGUGUCGGCUGCUCGCGACCGCAGCGGGAGCGGCCUCGUUGACAUCGAGGCUUUCGACGAUGUCCUCGCGGAGUUCGCCGUUCCACGCACGACGUUGACCCCGGUCGCCCCAGCGACUCACCGUCGCCGCCAUGCGCGCGCCCGCCCAGGCGGCGCGGGGGCGGGGCGGCGCGGCGCCGGCGUCGACGGCGUCGCGCCGAACGAGGGGAUGACCGAUUCGGCGCGCGGCGACGCGUCCUCCGGAGGCGCGGAUGCGACGCUCGAGCAGGCCUCCCCUGUCCAGUCCGUCUUGGAGUCGAACGGGGAGGAGGUGGCCGCGUCGACAUUCGGGGACGCGCCCAUCGGAGGCAGGGGCGCGGCGCCCGACCAGGACUUGGCGGAGUUCGCUGAGGGGCUGAACCAUGACUUGUCGGCGGAGUCGGCGCCCGGGGGCGCGCCCCCCGGCUGCGCGGGCGCGACGCCCAAGCAGGAGGUGGGGGAGUUCGUCGAGGAGCCGAGAGAGGACUCGGCGGAAUCUGCCGAGGAGCCGGACCAGGGCUCGGCGGCGUUGGCGCCCUGUGGCGCGCCCGCGGGAGGCAAGGGGGCGUCGCCCGAGCACGCCGCGGCAGAGAUCAUCGACGAGCUGAACAGGGGGAUGACCGAGUUGGCUCUCGAGGGCUUGUCCGCGGGGGGGUGCGAGGACGGAGAGCCCGAGCGAUUCCAUGCGAAGUUCGUCGAGGAACAGGACGACCUCUUCGUGCGCUGCCGGAUGGGCAUCUUCACCCUGGAGGAGAUCGUCCAGCAGGCUGAGGCCCUGGAGAAGCGCUACGGGGCAAUUGCGUGGCGCCUGAUCUACCUGCUCAGGACUAUGCCAGACAUCCUCUGCGAGAGCGUCCCUGUCGAGUGGAGCGGCGCCCCCUGGCAGUCAGUCGGAGGCAGCGGCACGCCGCUCGGCGAGAUGGAUCACGCCUCGACGCUCGAGUACCAGCGCGUCUUGCAGGAGCGGCUCGAGCGCAACGGGGGCCGCGAUCUCGUCAUGGACGCAGAAGCCCGGAGGAGGAGGGAUUUCCCCGAGGAGUUCCCCGCCAGCGGGAGGACUACCGCGCCGAGCUUCGAAACGCCGCCGCCGAAGGAGAGGUUCGAGGCAGAGGCCGCGGUGGCGCAGGUGCACGCGGAGGACGGCUGCGAUCGCCAUCGUGGUCGACGGGGUCAGGGCGGUUCAGACAAGCUGCUGCCCUCCUUCCACCUCAGGGCGAGCUUCGACCACCUCGAACUCCCGCACGCUCAGUGCGCGUUCACCGCGGCGCAGGUGGAACUGUAUCAUCUGUCCAGACGCAUGACUCACGACCAGUUCCUGCGGGAGAAGGGCAUCCUGGAGCAGGUGGCCAGCAGGAGGGCAGUGUUGCUGGCGUGGCUGCUCUGGGAGGAAGGCUGUUGGAAGCCCGACUUUGAUGCCCGAGCGAAGCGUUUCCUGGCGGCGGUGGGUCGCCCUCUCGCGGCAGGCGGCUCGCGGGGGCCCGCGGGCGGCGCGCCGCGGCUCGUGGAUGACGAGCUCUCGCAGGAAGAGAAGAGGAUGAGGACGGUGUCCGCGGUCAAGCAGUCGUUGGAGUACGUGGAAAUGCAACUGAGGUGCAGCACCGGGGAGCUGGGCGAGGAGGACAGGCCCGCGACCCCGGACCCCGCCCUGCCGCACGUCAGCAAGCGGGAUUGGGAGAAGAGUGUGCAGCAGUGGCGCCAUGCCACAUCGCGAGCACUGGCCGCAACCCCGGUGGACGCUGCGGCGCUUGCGGCGGUGGGCCGACUUGGCGCUUGGACGACGGAAUCGCCUCCAAUUUUGCGCGGCGUCGAUGUGCUUACCCAGAGCGGCAACUGCAUUGUGCAAUCGUACGCCGUUGUGACGGGCGAUUUCCGCGGCGCCAUCGAGUACUGCCAGCAGCGUCCCGUGCGCCGCGGCGCGACGCGUCUGUACGCCGACGUCGCCGCCCAUUUCAACUUUUCCUUGGGAUUCGCGGGCUUGGAGGUCGCGCAAGACGGGCGACAUGCGCUCCGCCCUGGGCUGUACUUCUUCCACAUCCGUCUUCAUUGCCGCCCCGUGGUUGUCCCGCCCGAGAGCGAGCUGGCCUGCGUGUGGAGAGGCUACGAGCGGAUCUUCAUAAGGAUAGCAACCCUGGCGCGCAAGGUGGACGAGAUCGGCGGGCAGCUCCUGUUCAUCGAUGGUGGCUGGCGUUUUCCCGUGUGCGCAGGUCUGCGCGCUGGCGGCGGGCCCGGCGCCGAGGACGAGCUUGCCCCGGUGGGCAACGAGGCGGGGGGGGCGGGAAGCGCCCCCCCCCUGCAGCUGACGCAGGAGCUGAGCAGGAUUCUCCCGCCAGGGGUGGGGGAAGAUCGCCCCCGCCAGGCCGGCGACGGCGCGGCGGCCGCGGAGGAGGAGUGCAAGGCGUCCGCCGCCGGCACCCGGCCCGGCGACGGCGCGGCCGCCGCGGAGGGGGAGGAGGAGCGCGAGGCGUUUGCCGCCGGCAGCCAGGCUGGCGAGGGCGAGGCGUCUGCCGCCGGCCCGAGCGCGUCGCCCCCUCUCCCCGACGACGACAUGGCAGGCGCGUUCGAGAAGCCAAAGGAAAAGCCGCCCGCGCAUAGCCUGACGGAGCACCUCGACAAGCACCUCGGGAAGCACGUCGGCAUGGCCAACAAGAACGAGGUCAUUCUCAAAUAUCUGGUGGACCUUGAUUUGAGCGUGGACAACAGCAUGCUUCUCCAGGCGGAAUGCGUGUACCUCUUUUUCCAGUCUGAGGAGCGCAGCCUCCUGUACCACAUCAGCCACGGCGCAUGGUACACGUGGGGCGAGCAGGGCUGGACGCAGAAAGACGGCUCGAACCGCGUCAUGGAGUUCAUGCAGACGGGGUUCUUGAAGGCCGCGAGGGAUGUUCGGAAGCUCGCGAGGCAGCGGCAAUGCUUCCCGCCGACCGCCGACGGUGAGGAGCACAUCCGCACGGCGUUCCUGGACAAGCUCGUCGCGGCGGUGGAGGGCAAGGGCACCGUGAAGGCGUUGAUGGACCAGUGCGCCAUAUUCUUCAAGCUGGAUCCCGUGUUCGACGCGAACCCAGAUAUUCUGCAGUGCCGCAACUGCGUGCUCGAUCUGGCGAAGAAUUGUUUCAGGGAGUCCCGUCCGUCGGACAUGACGAACAGAAGCUCCUCCGUGGCGAUCCCGAAGGAGUGGUUGGAGGACCCGUCCCUGGUCAUGCCGCAGUCGCUCGGGCAGAGGACCAUGGUCUGGAAUUCGCUCUGGAGCAUCUGGAAGAGAGGCGAGGGCGGCUUCCACCCGGGCGACCACUUCGACGAGUUGGGGGAUUGCGACAGAGAGAAUUUCGAGUUCUUCAUUUCUCUCGUGGCGCGCCUCCUGGAAGGCCGCCCGCUCCAGAAGGUGGUCAUGCCGUUCUCCGAGCGCGGGCGGAACAGCAAGGGGUUGUUGGAGAAGAUGCUGGAGAGCGUGUUCGGGAGCUACUAUGCCCCCGUCAAGAACACGAUCUUCUUGGAGGAGCGGCGCACGGAGGACGAGCACAACGCGGGCGCGCUGGAUCGCCAGGGGGCGCGCAUAGCGGCCACGAACGAGCCGCCCGAGCAGCCGUGGAGCAAUUCGACCUUCAAGAACAAGGUCUCCCGCGACAAGGUGCCGUGCCGCGGUUGCAACAGCAAGGUCGUGGAGAAGCAUUCGCCCACGUACACGUUCCUGUUCUCGACGAACGGCCCGGUGCGCUUUGCCGUCCCCCCGAAGAACUCGGAGAAGGAUCGGAUCUUGGUGCUGAGAAUGCCGAACAAGUUCGUGGACGACGGCGACAAGUUCACGUCGCCGAGACAGUUCCGCAAGGACCCCAAGAUCGAGGACCGGGCCAUGAGCGAGGACUUCGGGCUCGGGUUCCUGUUGAUCCUCGUGCAGCGCAGGCAGAAAGUGCAGGACCUCGACGAGCUGGUGGGUCGCGGCACGAAGACCAGUCGCUUCUGGGUGGAGAAGUGGUUCAGCGCCGAGCAGACGGGCGACGAGCCGGCGGCGGCGUCCGCGCCGCCAUCCGCCGAGGUGACCGAGCAAGCAGUGCAGACGUGCAAGGAGGAUCACGCGAGGUUGUCGGUAAAAGGCGCGGGCCGCGUUGUGCCCGAGUGGGAGAUCGUAAAGGACGAUCCAGUCAACAGGGGCAAAAGGAGCGAGCGUUUUUUGGAAUUGCAGAAAGUCAUGAGGAAUGCCGGCAGAGUCGGGGCGACCCUGAUGAGGGUGACGUCUUUCGUGUCCCGGAAGAAGCACUCCCAAAAGGCCAUAGAGCUGCUGCCGCUGGACGUGGCAUUGUACGACGCGAUCUUCUCCGACGCGGACGUCUUCGGGUCGUUGAGCUCGUACGCGUAUCCCCCCUUCCACGAUUCCUUCGCACAGAAAGACGGGUGCCUGGCUUUCGCCGAAACGCCUGACUCGGCGCGCCCCCCGUCGCCUGCCCACGCCCUCGUGUACCGCGUGCCCUCUCUCGUCCACCUGGCGGGCCUGUCUGCCGAGGCCUCGAGAAUGGCGGCCGACCCCAAUGUCUCUCCAGAAGACCGCAACAGGUGCUCGUCGUGGUUGCAGCGCGCCAGGGAGGAGGGGCAGGAAACGCAGGUGGGCCCGUCGUGCUUCCAGUGGCUCGACGAGGAGUACAGCCAGCUCGACGGCGUCGGUAGGGCGUAUGCCCCCGGACACAGUUGCCAAGCAGCUCGUCGCUCGGCGCGCGCAUCCAGCUGGGGUGACUUGCCGGUCGUGGAAUGGGACUUCCGCGUGGCUGCUUACUCGCGCCUGCUGUGGGAGCUGCGCCAGGUCGCUCCGCCGGAGGAGGGCGAGGGGGCGCGCUUCGACCAGAUCGAGAGGUACGUCGCAUCGCCGACUCCGUGGCGAGAAAAGAUCGCCGAGUAUUACGGCAUCAGCGUGGGCGAGGCCAAGCAGCUGUUGAACCGCCUGGUGUAUCCUCGAGGCAGGUGCCGGCCGAACGAGGAGUGGGAGCCUGGCGCCGGGGACAGGGGCUCUCAUGUACUGCCGUGCGUGCUGGAGCUUCGGCAUCAACUGGCUGGAGCAGUUACCGUGAUCGCGGCGAAGUCCGCGCGGUUCCAGCACAUCGCGAGCAUGGAGAAGACGAAGAGCGCUGAGCACCCCGAGUCCACCGCCAUCGCUCUGUUCCUGCAGGACUCCGAGAAUGUGGCGCUGGGGCAACUGCUGGAAUUCCAGAGCUACCACAACAUCCAGCCCGUGUGCCUGUGCUUCGACGCCAUCUACUUCGUCCCGCCGCCGUUCCUGCUGGCGGGCGACCGGCUGGAGCAGCUCACGCGGACGGCGUCGGACGCCAUGUUCGCCGCCGCCGGCGUCCGCAUCAAGCGCGCGCGCGCCUCCAGGGAGCUGUCCGACCAGGACGACGCGUCGGCGAGCCUGGCCUUCUACUUGAACUCGCUCGUGCGCCGACGACUGGCGGCGCCCCAGAGAUCCACGUGCGUGGGCGUGCCCUCCGAGGAGCCGCCGGCGAAGCGGUCCAGGCUCACCGGCAAGCGGACUCCACAGGCCGCCGCCGCUGCUGCCAACGAGGCCGUCUACGCUCAGUGCAUGGCAGCAGGGCACAAUUGCGUUCCGUGGUCGUUCCUCGCGCUGUCCAAGAACCUCGUGCACUCCCAGAAGUUCCUCGAGUUUGCCUUCUCUCCUGGCCCCCACAACUACGCCGACGCGGUCGACGCGGCACAGGAUUUCCAUUCGUUGGACGUCGUGGACAACAACGACCUGCAGUCCCUCGAGCCGGGCGGAUACAUGUUGCACGCUCGCGGGGAUCCUGGCCACGCCACCCCGCUGGUGAUCGCCGCCAACGAGCAGCCCGUGAUUCUACUGCCAGGCGCGGGAGGCGUUCCCGAGCCCUGCGUCGUGGACCUUGCCGCGCAGCGCUGCGACAUCGCCUGGGCAUUCCGCGGCCCCGCGACCGACGGGCGCGACGUGCGCUCGGGCGACGGCCUGCUCGAGAUGGCCGGCGCCGACGACGAGGGCGAGGUCGCGCUCCCCGUCGUUGACGACGAGGGCGAGGACGGCCAGGGCGAGGAGGGCGACGACGAGAUGAAGGAGGGUGAUCGAGCGUUCUGGGAGUCGCUGAAGAGUGAGUGUCGGGAGUACCUGGACCUGCUGAAGGGCGACGGCGCGCUGGAGACCUGCGCGUGCAAGAAGUGCGCGUUCCGUGCGUUUACGGAGAGGAGGUACCUGCGACACCACGUGGAGACUUACCACACGGAGGAGCGAAGUUACACGGCGUGCAACACGGACGUGCAGCUGAAGAUCGCCCGGGCAAUCUUCAACCAGCGCAGGGUAUGUUCGAUCCUGCAACCGGAGGCAUCGCCCCAUGACUUGCUCUCCGCGUCGGCCGCGCUCAUCCGCGACUGGGUCGCUCCAUCCGAGGAAACGCUCGCAGUGCUGAAACGGUCCAACGAGCUUCCUCUGGUCACGGUGUGGACGGAAGACGGCGCCGUGAUGAAGCUGAAGACCCAGACCGGGCCGACCAGGCGCUUGAGUUUCAAAGUGUAUUACACGGCUGGCUUCCAGGACCUCCUCACGUCGAUCGUGCUGCGUCGCAAAUUCCACCUUGCUUCCGUCAUGCAGGACCUCGCGGCGACCUGGGCAAUGAACAAUCAAGCGGUGCUGCUGUUCGGCAGGCAGGGGUACGAGUCGAUCUGCGAGCUCGUGGAGAACAUCUUCACCUCGCCCGAGAGCGCUGUCGUGGCAAUGAGGAAAAAGGUCCUGGACGCGGCAGUGGCGAACGGCGAGUUCAAGUGCAUCAGCCACGACGCCACGUUCAAGGCCGCGUUCGCGAUCAUCGGCCAGACCCCCAUGUCGCAGAGGGCUGGAGAAGUGCACGCCCUGCACACAUUCGUUGCGCAGUCUGGGUUGUGUCUGGGGUGGAGCGGACAGCGCACGGAGGGGGAGCAUGACUUCGCGCAGGCUCUCGCCGAGCUCUUGCCAGAGGGUGCGAUCCCGCAGGUGGAGUACAUUCUGUCGGAUUCCCCGAGCGAGUACUUCCUCAGCCACUUGCCGAACUGCCGCGGCGUGGCGGAGGACCCCGUGCAUUUAUCGAUGAGGAUCGACGGGUGCACCAACGAACGCAGGACAGCGCUAUCUUGGCGAGUCUUGAAGCUGCACAAGAAAUUCCAGCAGCCAGCGCCGCCGGAUUGGGAGAUCCACCACGGCGAGCCCAUGCGCAUCCCCGAGUGGGACAGCGUGCGGCUGGGCCGGGCAUUCACCGAUGCCCAGUGGGAGGCCUACCUCGAGAAGCCGUUUACCAGCGUGCGCGAGUACGUCGGGGCCCUCCGGCGCAUCGCGCAGACGUACCCGCAGACGUUGACCCGCAAGGAUCUGAAGGGGGUGACCGUGCUGCAGCACCUGCAGCGCGCGGGCUCGCACUUUUUCUACACGCAGAACGUGGCCGUUUUCAGGCGCCUGCACCCGGGCGCAUUGAUGAACACGAUGCGGAACGAGGCCAUCCAUCGACAGGUCAAGGACUGGGGGCGCUGCGUGUACCAGUGCCAUCGCGAGCGCGUCGUCCUCGCGGGCAAGAUCUUCGGCGUCUACAAGGCGCUCGCGCACUCGUGCCAGCCAUGCACCGUGUCUCUCCGCGAGGGGUGGAGGGUCGCGCUGAUCGCGGGCGCGCUCUCGAAGGGCUUAACGCCGCAGUUCCAGAGUGGCGGCCCAGUCGCCAUCCGGGACCGCGAUCAGCUGCGCACGCCCGUGAUAGCAUUGUCCAGCGCGGACGCAGAGCGCCGCGCAGACCGCCGCGCAUCCAAGAGGGAGCGCGCAGCGGACCAGCGCGCCAUUCACGAGAGCCGCAAGGCCGCCAG